AUCAGAUACAAGAUCUAUAGAGUACCUCUGAUACGUUACAGAAUAAUAUAUCACAAUAUAUCAGAUACAAUUAGAUACAAGAUCUAUAGAGUACCUCUGAUAUGCUACAGAAUAAUAUAUCACAAUAUAUCAGAUACAUUUAGAUACAAAUACAAGUUCUAUAGAGUACCUCUGAUACGUUACAGAAUAAUAUAUCAUAAUAUAUCAGAUACAUUUAGAUACAAGUUCUAUAGAGUACCUCUGAUACGUUACAGAAUAAUAUAUCACAAUAUAUCAGAUACAUUUAGAUACAAGUUCUAUAGAGUACCUCUGAUACGCUACAGAAUAAUAUAUCACAAUAUAUCAGAUACAUUUAGAUACAAGUUCUAUAGAGUACCUCUGAUAUGCUACAGAAAAAUAUAUCACAAUAUAUCAGAUACAAUUAGAUACAAGAUCUAUAGAGUACCUCUGAUACGCUACAGAAUAAUAUAUCACAAUAUAUCAGAUACAUUUAGAUACAAGUUCUAUAGAGUACCUCUGAUAUGCUACAGAAAAAUAUAUCACAAUAUAUCAGAUACAAUUAGAUACAAGAUCUAUAGAGUACCUCUGAUACGCUACAGAACAAUAUAUCACAAUAUAUCAGAUACAAUUAGAUACAAGUUCUAUAGAGUACCUCUGAUAUGCUACAGAACAAUAUAUCACAAUAUAUCAGAUACAAUUAGAUACAAGAUCUAUAGAGUACCUCUGAUAUGCUACAGAACAAUAUAUCACAAUAUAUCAGAUACAAUUAGAUACAAGUUCUAUAGAGUACCUCUGAUAUGCUACAGAACAAUAUAUCACAAUAUAUCAGAUACAAUUAGAUACAAGAUCUAUAGAGUACCUCUGAUACGCUACAGAAUAAUAUAUCAAUAG